AUGGCAUUUAAUAUACCCGCACCUGCAAACUACUAUUUUUUAGUACCUAUAAUCUCAUUUUUGCCCUGGUAUAUCAUGUUGAUAACCAUGUUGGGUGUAUGGACAUAUCAAGGUCGUCCACGUUACUGGUUUAUGGAUCAUCCACAAUCAAUUGUUUUUAUUUCUGAUAUCGGUGCAGCCAAUUUACAUCCCUUAUUUAUUGUCUGUUCCUUCUGGCAAGGUGCUGGCUAUUGUAUCACUGUUGCUUGUGAGUACUAUCAAAGAUCAGGCCAUUGGCCAUUUCAAAGAAAGAAAUUAUUGAAAAAGUUAACAGGCGAUGAUAGUCCCAUAGUAGAUAGAGAUCAUCCUAUCACUCAUCCAAACGCCCAGCCUGUGAGAAGACACCUUAGUGUUCAUAAUGAUAUUUUUUCUGAUAGUAAUAAUACCAAUAGUAACCUUCAUUUAAAUCCAAACAACAAUUUGUCGGAUUUAGAAAUUUAUUCUGCUAACUCCAACAACCUCAGCAUUAAUGAUGAUUUAGAAAACCCAUUCGACGAUGAUGCAAGUGAAAGAGAUGAUGAACAAGUUCCAACUUCAGAUCAACCUAUUGGAACAAUUAAAAAUAAUUAUACUCAUGCAUUAUUAUCAUCAAAAUUCUUAAUGCCUCCUUGGUAUACUAGAGAUGAAAGAAAUUUGAUUUGGGCUGCUUGGGUUCUUGGUUUAAUUGGUGAGUUGUGUUUAUUCAUGUGCUCAAUUUUCUCAACUGUGAAGUUCCAUAGAGCUCAUAUUACGAUGGUUUAUUUCUUUUUAUUCUUCAUGUAUUUCUCCAUUGUUUGUACAAUUGCUGAGUAUUUCGUUAUGGGCAGACAUUAUGCAUUAAUUCAUCCUUUAGCUGAUUUACCACCUCAUAUUCAUAUCAAUUCCAUCCCAUGGUAUCGUUGGGAAGGUUACAUUUGGAAUAAAUUUACCAUUAGUGCCAUCCUAAAGACUAUUUGGUUAGUAGUGGCCAUCCUUUGUUCCAUUUGUUUUGGUGCUAUUCCAAAUGAUUCAAUUAAGGCUGGGUUUGAAUGGUGUUUAGGUUUCUGGUUAGGUGUAUUCUUUAUGAUUGUUUCUGUAGAUUUCUAUUUGGGAGGAAGAUAUAAAACUUCACGUUACUUCCAUCAAAUCCAAUCUCAAUCCUUUGCAGGCUACUAUAAAUAUGAUAAAGCUGCAGGUGUAGAGAAUAAUCAUAAAAAGGGAAGAUCCUCUCUACUGAUGGUCGCAACCAGAUCUGAUUUAGAUGAUCAAUCAAGCUUUGAAGUUGAGUCGACAUUUAAUGCACCAAUUGCCAUGACUCCAGAACCAUAA